CCGGAAAGCUCUAGUACGACAUAUCCUGGUGAGAUAUCGUUACAAGGCGCACAGUAUAUUACCUAGAUACUCCCUCAUCCAAACUCGGUAUAUGACUCAUCGGUAUUGAUCAACAGUGUGAGCGGAUGACAUAGAAUAUCAAUUUCCCCAUCUCUCACGAUCUUCUCAACAUGGCCUUCCUUUUCCAGACCAACCACCCACAAAAAAUCGCUGCACUCAAGAAUAUGGCUUCAACAAUAAAGCAACCCCUCGGACCGCCUGCCUUAACAACACCAUCUCUAAUCCCAGACCCCACCUCCGCAUCCUCAGUCCUGACAGGAAAACAGAUAACCCUCCGUCCUCUAACAGCCUCCCACAUCCCCUCCCUCUUCUCCUCAAUCUCCGCACCCACCGAUGCAGAGCUAUGGACAUACAUCCCAGGCCAAGGUCUCUGUCCCGACCUCGAGUCUUUCACGGAAUACAUACUUUCUCUUAUAUCGUCACCUAACUGCUUUCCUUUUGCCAUCUGCUUCAACAGUGCACCGGAUGAUGCGGUUGGGAUGAUCUGUCUCCUUAAUAUCCAGGCUAAGCAUCAUUAUGUUGAGUUCGGACACCUGGUUUACGGGAAAGCACUGCAGAGGACGACGGGGAGUACGGAGGUUGUGUUCCUGCUUUUGGGGUUGGUGUUGGAGGUGCUUGGGUUUGAGAGGGUGGAGUGGAAGUGUGAUUCUUUGAAUGGGCCGAGUAAGAGGGCGGCGGGGAGGUUUGGGUGGAGGGCGGAGGGGGUUUUUCUGAAGCAGUGAGUCUUUAGUUCUUUCAUUUUUUUUCUGCGUCGUGAUGUUUUGGGCUUGAGUUUUUUGGUGAUUGGAAGCUUAUUUGUUGAUUGAUUUCGGGUGCUAAUAUGGAUUGAAGUAUGGUUGUUAAAGGACAUCGUAGAGAUACAGCUUGGUUCAGGUAUGUUGUUGGAUUCCCACGUCUCUUCUUGCUAAACGGUCAUCUUCAUACAUGACCUCAGCCCUUAAACUCCGGUAAAAGACAAGCUGAUUAAGCGUUUUAUCAUUUAGUAUCCUGGACGAUGAGUGGAAAAUCCAUAUCAAGGAAUCCAUGGAACUCUGGUUGAGUGACGAGAAUUUCGAUGCGGAAGGGAAACAGAAGAGACGACUUGAAGAUGUCAGGACUGAGAUCUUGGGGAAGAAGGGGUUGAAGUAGCUCAAAUUUGUGAUUGGGAAGUGGGGAAUAGGACUUGAAGAUGUCAGGACUGAGAUCUUGGGGAAGAAGGGGUUGAAGUAGCUCAAAUUUG